GAGGAUGAAUGGAGAACGUGGGACCUGUCUGGGAAAAGUAAGAGGAGAUAGCGUAACUGAUAUCGCAGGGAAGGGAAUGGGGGCCUGUCAGGACAAACCUUUAUUAAAGAGAAAAUCGCACUGGGAGGGGCGGGUUGCGAUAAGGAUUUCUAAGCAAUACAGAGGUUUUACAGGGAGGAAAAUGAAGGACGCACUUUAGAUUUGCAGACAAUAAGAGACAGAUCCAGCAGAUGGCGCUAUCGAUCUUCCCUUUAGUUUGCAAAGAGCCCAGAAACGGAAGGAACAUAUGAAGAAGGAAACGCUGCUGUGUAGGGGGAAUAUGCUUGCAUCUGGCAUGGAGCUGGACAGUUAUGAACAGCCUGUUGUUUUAAGAGAUGAAAACCAGCGCAGAAGAAGAAGAAUGAGGCCACAUUCUGCAACUUCCAACAUGUUUCCCAUGGAGCAAAUUCCAAUAGAGUUUAUUCUGCCCACAAGUAACAGGUGUAGUAAAGUACAGGAAACAAUGCUGCUUGAAGUUGCUGGCAAUUGCAGUGUUGAGCAGAUGAAAGCACAGAUUUGGAUGCAUGCUAUUGAAAAAAGCCACAACAGCGAUUUUUACCAGAGACUUACUCCAGACCAGUUUCUGCUGCAGUAUCAAAAGAAAGGACAGUGGUAUGAAAUAUAUGACAAACAUCAAGUAAUACAAACACUAGACUGUAUAAUGUACUGGAAGGUUUUACAAAAAACUGUAGGAAAGAUUCAUAUUGUGCAGAAAGAAAAAAUCCCUGAAGAAAUGAUAGAGUAUCAGAAAACAUUAAAUUAUUUGAUUGGAUAUGAUGUUACAGAUGUAAGCAAUGUCCAUGAUGAUGAGCUAGAAUUUACACGUCGUAGAUUAGUCACACCACGAAUGAUUGAACUGUCCAGGAGAGAUGCUAGGUUAUAUUCCAUGGACCCAUGGGUGACUUGUAAAUCACUUCCAGAAUAUUUAUGUCAAAGAAUUAUAUCCAAUAGCAUUUUCAUCAUCAUACAUAAAGGAAUGACAAGCCACACAAUUAGAGUUUCUAUUGAUGAUACACCAGAUGUAAUAUUGCACAGUUUCUUUACAAAAAUGGCAAAGAAGAAGUCAUUGUUAGAUAUUUCUGAGGAGAACAGUGAACUUGAUUUUGUCCUGAGAGUUUGUGGCAGAGAUGAAUAUAUUAUUGGAAAUGCACCAAUUAAAGAUUUUCAUUGGAUAAGGCAGUGCAUUAAAAAUGGCCAGGAAAUACACCUUGUUUUAGAAAAGCCUCCUGAUCCAUUAAUGGAUGAGGUCCAGAAAGAACAGUGGCCUUUGGUUGAUGACUGCACAGGUGUCACAGGGUACCAUGAGCAACUAACGAUUGAAGGAAAGGACCACGAAAAAAUUUUCACUAUAUCACUUUGGGACUGCAACCGGAAGUUUAGAGUAAAAAUCAUUGGAAUUGAUAUACCUGUUCUGCCAAAAAACACUGAGCUUAUUGCAUUUGUCGAAGCCAACAUUCAGCAUGGCCAACAAGUCCUUUCACAGAGGAGAACUACAUGCAAGCCUUUUACUGAAGAAGUUCUAUGGAAUUCAUGGCUUGAAUUUGAUAUAAAAAUCAAAGAUUUACCAAAAGGAGCUCUUUUAAAUCUACAAAUAUUUUGUGGUAAAGCACCAACUGCUUCAAACAAAUCUAUUGUACAAUCACCAGAGUCUACAGCUUCAGACUCCAAAUGCAAAAACCAGUUACUUUACUAUGUGAAUCUGCUGUUAAUCGAUCACAGGUUUUUAUUAAGACAGGGGGAGUAUGUCCUUCACAUGUGGAAAAUUCCAGGUAAAGGAGAGGAACAAGGAAGCAUAAAUGCUGAUAAACUUACAUCUGCAACUAAUCCUGACAAAGAAACAUCUAUGGCAAUUUCGAUUAGUCUAGACAAGUACUGCCAUCCUGUUGCACUCCCUAAACACAAACUGGUGUGUGAUCCAGAGCUUGAAAGGCCAAGGACUGAAAUGCCCAACCAACUCAGAAAGCAGCUUGAAGAAAUCAUAGCUACAGACCCACUACACCCCCUUACACCUGAAGAUAAAGAGCUGCUAUGGCAUUUCAGAUCUGAAAUAGUUAAACAUCCAGAGGCCUAUCCAAAGCUGCUAAGUUCAGUAAAGUGGGGGCAACAGGAAAUGGUUGCCAAGACAUAUCAAUUAUUGAGUAAAAGAGAAGCAUGGGACGAUUGCUCUCUUGAUGUUGGACUUACAAUUCAGCUUCUUGACUGUAAUUUUUCAGAUGAAAAUGUAAGAGCCAUGGCAGUUCAGAAACUGGAAAGUUUGCAAGAUGAUGAUGUACUGCAUUAUCUUUUACAGCUAGUACAGGCUGUAAAGUUUGAACCAUAUCAUGACAGUGCUUUAUCCAGAUUCCUUUUAAAACGUGCAUUACAAAGCAAACGGAUUGGCCACUUCUUGUUCUGGUUUCUGAGAAGUGAGAUUGCUCAGUCAAUGCAUUAUCAACAAAGGUUUGCUGUCAUACUGGAGGCCUAUUUAAGAGGCUGUGGAAAAGCAAUGCUGGAUGACUUUACCAGGCAGGUGCAAGUUACUGAGAUCCUGCAUAAAGUUACAAUGGAGAUCAAGUCAGUUUCUGCUGAGAAAUAUGAUGUAACUUCACAAGUCAUUACACAGCUGCGCCAAAAGCUUGAGAAACUGCAGAAUUCAAAGCUUCCAGAUAAGCUUCCUGAUAGCUUCCGAGUGCCUUAUGAUCCUGGAUUAAGAGCUGGUUCCUUGGUGGUUGAAAAAUGCAAAGUUAUGGCUUCAAAGAAAAAGCCACUUUGGCUUGAAUUUAAAUGUUCAGACACAACAGCGUUAUCGAAUGAAACAAUAGGAAUAAUAUUUAAGCAUGGAGAUGACCUACGGCAAGAUAUGCUUAUUUUACAGAUCCUUCGCAUCAUGGGCUCUAUAUGGGAAGCUGAAUCACUGGACCUGUGUUUACUGCCAUAUGGCUGCAUUUCCACUGGAAACAAAAUAGGAAUGAUAGAAAUAGUAAAGGAUGCCACAACCAUUGCACAAAUACAGCAGAGUACAGUUGGUAACACAGGAGCCUUUAAAGAUGAAGUUCUGAGUCAGUGGUUGAAAGAGAAAUGUCCAAUUGAGGAAAAGUUCAGUGCAGCAGUGGAAAGAUUUGUUUAUUCCUGUGCUGGAUACUGUGUUGCAACAUUUGUGCUUGGAAUUGGGGACAGACAUAAUGACAAUAUAAUGGUAACUGAGUCAGGUAACCUGUUCCAUAUAGAUUUUGGUCAUAUUCUUGGUAACUACAAAAGUUUUCUGGGAAUCAACAAGGAAAGGGUGCCCUUUGUGUUAACACCUGAUUUCCUUUAUGUUAUGGGAACAUCAGGAAAGAAGACAAGUCAGUACUUUAAUAAAUUUCAGGAUGUCUGUGUAAAAGCAUAUUUGGCUCUUCGACAUCAUACAAAUCUAAUGAUCAUCCUGUUUUCAAUGAUGCUGAUGACAGGUAUGCCUCAACUGACAAGUAAGGAGGACAUUGAAUACAUCCGGGACUCACUGACUGUUGGAAAAAAUGAAGAGAGUGCCAAGAAGCAUUUUCUUGACCAGAUUGAAGUUUGUAGGGAUAAAGGCUGGACUGUGCAGUUUAAUUGGUUUCUACACCUUGUGCUGGGCAUUAAACAAGGGGUAGAAAAGCAUUCAGCUUGAAGCAAAUUAGCCAAAUGUCAGUAUAAAUGUAUAGAUGUAAAAUUAAAACUGAUAACUUUGAUAUUUGAUGUGCAAUAUUUGCUUAUAUUUUAUAUGGAUAUGGGACCUUUUAUUUAGAAUUCUUGGAAUCUGGGGAGUUAUAAAACUGUACAUAUUAUUUGAAGUACCAUACUGUAAAUCUACUAAAACGUAUAUAUUAAAAAAAAAAAUAACACAAAAACCAAAAUGGAUAAACUUUAAGUACAAGAUAUAGUUUUAUUAUCACACAUGAAUAACUAAUCAGUCUAUCUUGGGUCAAUUUCCCCUUUGUUGCUCAAUAUUUUCUUAGGCCACCCUAGAUCAAAAUGUUCCAAUCCCUCCCACCUUCCAGACAGCAGUGGGGCAGGACCCUAAAGGAAUUAUUUGUUUUUCUGUGUGUGUGUGUGUGUGUGUGUGUGUGUGUGUUCACAAAAGGAGAUUUCUCAAAUAUGUCUGAAGUGGAGAUGCAUAAAAAUAGGUCUUGAGACACGUUCUGCAUUCUAGCUUCAUAUGGAAGAAGAAUCAAAAAUAUGCUGUAUUUAUAUUUAUUCAUUAAAUCAAUGUAAUAUUCACAUAAGUGUUUUAGACAGGUAAAGCUCAGCUCUUAUAUCCAAUCAAGACGUUAGAAGCUUUCCAAACUGCUGCUCUUUAGCAAUUGUCAAGCUUCAGCCCCAGCAAGUUUGUCUGAUGAUGCUGUGCAUUUGUAGAUAUUGUAGAGGGAUGUUAAAACAUUGGCAGGGGGGAGAGUUUCUAUUUGCCCUGCUGGAUACCCUUUAAAGCUUAAUUUGAAGGUCAAAUGGGGGAAAAUUGCAUUUGUUUUUCUAGAUAUUCUUGAAACUAUGGCUGAAUGCAUUAUACGGAUUAUCUCAUAUCUGCAACCUUGUUAUUUGCCAAGGAGGCACAAACUAAAAAGUUGGACCUCGUUGGGGGGCUUGAACUAAAAAUCAAAUAACCACUACACCAGAGUAUUAACCUUUAAUUAAUAUGACUGCAACAACAAAAAUAUUUUCGGUAGUGUUGCAUCCCUGUAGACAGCUGACCCCUUUUACCAGCACAUACAAGCAUGCAUGACAUGAAAGAAAUUCUUAGGUACGUCUAUUUGUCCUUUAAAUGGUUGUCAUGUGGUGGUUAACCAGCUUUGAAUUGUGGAGAGAAUUUUGGUGCACAUAUAUACAAAAACACAUCCAUUAUUUAAAGAAUACAGAAUGUUUAAGAGAUUUCCUUUAUACCCUUGCACUUUUUAACACUGUUAAUAUAUACAGGUAUGGGAUCCCUUAUCUGGAAACCCAUUAUUCUGAAAGUACCGAAAUUACGGAAAGGCCAUCUCCCAUAGACUCCAUUAUAAGCAAAUAACUCUAAAAAUUAUUUAAACUUUAAAAUUAUUUCCUUUUUCUCUGUAGUAAUAAAACAGUACCUUGUAAUUGGUCCCAACUAAGAUAUAAUUUAUCAUAAUUGAGGCAAAACAAGCCUAUUGGGUUUAUGUAAGUUAUGGAGAUCCAAAUUACGGAAAGAUACUUAUCCGGAAAACCCCAGGUCCUGAGCAUUCUGGAUAAUAGGUCCCAUACCUGUACUUGUUUUUAUACUGCAGUGCAGACAACUCUUAAUAUACCUAGUUGUUAUACCUUAAUUUUAUGGCAACAGUCCCCCAUGACUGUGUUUUCUCUAAAAUCCAGAUACUGAUUCAAGUGCAGUUUUUCCACCUGCUGUAUUAUAUCUCAAGUGCCUGCUUCCAUGCUUAGAAGAAAAUGUCACAUAAAUUUACUCUUAGUUUUCUCAUAUCCUUUCCAAGUAGCCUUUGGGGUAAGAUCUUCCAUUGCUUAGUUUAUAGCACAACUCCUGUUAUAUACUAGGUUUAUACCACAUCUAGAACUUUCUUAAUCAUUAAAUGCACAAAACAGGGAGGGAAGCAAAAAUUACAUUUGGAGACUCGAAAAUCAAUUCAUGUAUUUAAUCUUUUUUUUUUAAUUAUUUGUCAAGAAUUACACUGUCACAAGAAAAUAAAACUGAGUUGUUCCUUA